AUGGGUGUCCUUCGCUCCCGAGACAGCGGCGACUUCCGCAUAUCCGGGUUGUCCCCUCAUCGCUCUCCUCUGGAGGAUGAUGUAGACCCCGAGGGGACGGAAAUUCCGGUCGAGCAUGCUAACAAUGGCAGUCCGCCGCGAUCAUCGGGCUUGGAGUCAAUGGUGUCUGGCGGCACCAGCUUUCGAACUCCAAGCCGGUCUUUUUUCCACCGGUCAUUCCAUAGUCCAGCGGAUCCGGCGCAUUAUUCCUCUCACGGUCUUAGGGAGCAAACAGCCGAGCUGGCUUCCUUCGCCUUGUCUCAUGAAUCGAGUGCCCUUCCUCCGUCUUUAGAUAUCUUUCAGCCCUCUCAGAGUCCAAACCGCCCGUCGUCUCCAGCUCUGAGUUUCGCAGCACCAAGGAGAACAAACCUGGAGCCCGGUCCUUCCUCGAUUGUCACCACCGGUUCGUCGGUCCUGACACAGCUGAUCCGUAGCCCCGAUGGCCCCGAAAUCGACCAAGACCACCCAGACAGAACUGCCAGUUGGGAUGAGUUGAGCGAGAGUGAAGUAUCCGAAGAUCAUCCUCUGAUAGCUGCAGCCGGAGGGGCGCCUACUACCGAACAGGCAUCACUGUUGCCUAAGACGACACAUGCGGGACCCUUCCAGGGUUAUGGAGCGAUUGGUGACAUUGAAAACCAGGGCCGUGCAGGGAAAGGUGAGAUGGACGCGGUUCCUAGAGCUCUCCAUCAACUUAAGAUGGGUGUCCGGGUGCUAGCAAAUCCUAAGUCGUGGGACGGACAGACGGUAUGGAGAGAAGGGAUUGUCUAUCCGCUUAGCCUCCUGCCGUCGGUAUUUUUGGGCCUUCUGCUCAACAUCCUCGACGCCCUUUCGUACGGGAUGAUUCUUUUCCCACUAAGUGAGCCGGUCUUUUCUGACCUCGGCUCUGACGGUAUCUCUAUGUUCUACGUCAGCACGAUAAUUUCACAGCUGGUCUUCUCAUGUGGAGGCUCCAUCUUCAAGGGAGGGAUCGGAAGUGAAAUGAUCGAGGUUGUCCCAUUCUUCCACCAGAUGGCCUUCACAAUUCUAAACCGGGUUGGCCAGGACAACCCGCAAGCUGUCCUGGCAACGACGAUCCUGUCCUUCUCGGUCAGUUCCAUUCUCACCGGUUUGGUGUUCUUCUUGAUGGGAACUUGUAAACUUGGUGCGCUAAUCGGGUUCUUCCCCCGGCACAUUCUAAUUGGAUGCAUCGGUGGUGUGGGCUUCUUUUUGCUCCUUACGGGUGUUGAAGUUUCCGCUCGACUACCGGGCUCUUUCGAGUUCACUUUGAAAACGCUGGAAAAGCUCAUGCAGCUGGACUCAAUCUUCCUAUGGACGAUACCUUUGUUGCUUGCAAUUGGCCUUCUUGUUCUGAAGCGUUUCUUGCGUUCCAACUUCUUGGUUGGUGGAUAUUUCAUCGUGGUGGCAGUUGUAUUCUAUAUUGUAAAACUCAGUGCCGGCGUAUCUAUGAGUUCUUUGCGCGGCAGGGGAUGGGUCUUCGAUGCUCCUUCUUCAUCAAACCCAUGGUACCACUUCUAUACCCUCUAUGACUUCUCCGCUGUCGAUUGGUCUGCAUUCCUUGAUACCAUCCCCGCAAUGUUUGCACUCACCUUCUUUGGAGUGCUUCACGUUCCGAUCAAUGUCCCAGCACUUGGCAUUUCAACCGGUGAAGACAAUCUCAAUGUUGACCGUGAACUUAUUGCUCACGGUGUCACCAAUGCGCUGUCUGGCUUUGCUGGGAGUAUCCAGAACUACCUUGUAUACACGAACAGCCUUCUGUUCAUUGAUAGUGGUGGUAACUCUCGAUUGGCAGGGGUCAUGCUUGCAGCUGCUACUGCAGGAAUUCUUGUUGUUGGCCCAGUUAUCGUCGGAUUUAUCCCAGUCAUGGUUGUUGGGGCACUCAUAUUCCUGCUGGGUAUCGAGCUGAUGCAAGAGGCUUUGGUUGACACAUGGGGCAAAUUGCACCGGCAUGAGUAUCUGACGGUUGUCAUCAUUGUCGCGACUAUGGGUGCUUGGGACUUUGUCGUUGGUAUCUUCGUCGGCAUCAUCCUCGCCUGCCUGAGCUUCGUGGUUCAGACUUCACGCAAAUCCGCCAUUCGCGCCACGUUCUCGGGUAAAAUCACAGGCUCAACAGUCAGGCGCCCGCCUAUCCAGCAACGGUUCCUGAAGGAAGCAGGACACCAGACGCUCAUCAUCAAGCUUGGUGGAUACCUGUUCUUCGGGACCAUCGUGAGCGUGGAGAAUACCAUGCGGGGCCUUAUCGAGGAGGAAGCGUUCAAUCAACGCCCUAUCAGAUUCCUGAUUCUGGACUUCUCCCGUGUUUAUGGCAUCGACUUCUCUGCAGCAGAAGCGUUCACUCGCAUUAACCGUAUUCUCAGGAAACGCAAUGUACAGAUGACGAUCUCAGGCCUCGACGUGGAAGGAGAUGUCGGAAGAAGCCUCCAGAACGUGGGACUUUUUGAGUCUGCGAAUGACGUUGAGAUAUUUGAAGAUCUGAAUUCAGCGCUUGAGUUCUGUGAGAAUGACUACCUGAAGGUCUUCUACAGCCACAGGGAAGCCUUGUUGAAUGGAAAGAACAAAUCGACGGCUUUUCUUGAAGUCCCUGCGGCUCAAGGUCAGUCUCAUCUUGGCGACGCGGUGGUGAGUUCGCCUCGUCAGCGAUACUUGCAGCAAGCCGCUAGAACGACUCUUCACGAGAACGAAAUUGCGGUUGUUCAGCCGGCAGCAUGGUCCGCAAUGCGACAGCCCCUUCCGCUUCUCCUACAGACAUUUCAGGGCUUGACGUCACGCAAUGAAGAUUUCUGGUUCAAGGCUUGUACGUACUUCGUCCGCGAGAGCUAUGCGGCCGGCACCGUGCUAUUCCACGAAGGCGACAUCCCCAAGGGCUUCUACCUGCUGGAGUCGGGAAUGCUACGCGCAGAGUAUGAGCUGCCCCAGGGGCGCUAUUUCGAAAUCAUCGUAGCCGGGAGGCCUUGCGGCGAGUUGCCAUUUUUCAGCGACACGCGACGCACAGCGACAGUCAAGGCCGAACAGGAUUGCGUGAGCUGGUGCCUGACGGCCGAGAAAUGGCAAACGUUACGCGAGCGUGAGCCAGAGAUCGCGCGAGAGCUGCUGACAGUUAGUCUCAAACUCACAACGGAGCGGAUGGACAGUAUUACUUCAUAUGUUCUUACGACAGCAGCUUGA